UCGGGUUCAAGGUCUCCGCUGUUUAACCUUUUACCACGUCAAUUGUACACCACCGGGCUGUACGAAAUUGUUGUCAAUUUAGGCGUGCUAACGGCAUUUGAUCAUAAGAGUGACAAUGAAUCCUCUUUUGUACAGACCGCCCCCAAAUCCGCACUUUCCUAUGAUGCCGUAUUUAGCCGGGCCUUUACCUCAGAGGCGUGAUAUUCAAGAGGAGGAAGAUCUGGCAAGCGUGGCGUUACAAGUGCAGAAGAAGCGUUUUUAUGUAGAUGUAAAGAGAAAUAGGAGGGGUAUCUUCAUGAAAAUUGCUGAAGUUGGUUCUGACGGUCGGAAAGCUAGAAUUCUGUUAACAUUACAAGCUGCAGUUGAAAUCAAAGAUAAGCUGAAAGACCUUAUUGACGUUCUUAAGGAGAUAAAGACAAGUGAAGAAGAAACCUCCGGGACUCAAAACUCAGAUGAGAACAAGACUCCAGACGCACAGGCUACAAACAGUCUAAUUAAAUCUCACAUAGUUAAUUAUCCUUACCGGCGUUAUUUCCUCGAUCUCAAACGUAACAAAAGAGGACAUUUCCUUAGGUUGACGAUGCUGUCCACCUUGAACAGAAUACAACUCGCUAUUCCGUCCCAAGGAAUGACGGAUCUGUACAAUGCUAUCAGUGAUAUGCUAGACAAAUGGUGGGACGGUUCAGAAGCCAAUGAAAACAAAUCUGUCAACUUACCAGAGUCCAAGUCCCUAAGGUUUGACAAUCGAACUUUAUACUUCGACUCUUCUUUCAACCGUUUUGGAACAUAUCUGCGUAUUUCGGAAGUCCGGACCGCGUCUAGGACUGCUAUAACUAUUCCAGGUCGUUCGCUCACUCGCUUCAGGGAUAUCAUCAAUGGAUUAACUGAAGACUUAUCCAAUGUCAAGAUAAACAAAAAUUCUGAUGAGCAAACACCGAGUAAUGAAAGCCCUAAUACACCUGAUAAUACUGAGUCAAGUGAACCCCUUGUAAAUGGUGAAGCUUCGUGAGUUCACAACAUCAGACUUCAUCUUUUCUGUAUUUGACUUAAAUGCCUUCAAUGAGUAAAUGCACAAUUAUUAAAAAUUAUCUUCUCUGGUGCCUUUCAUAUUUUUAAUCUGAUUUCUACUGGUCUCAUCUGAAGAGUACUAGAUCGAUUACUCAUAAUAUGUAGAAUAAAGAAUAAUUAUGUAACGUUAGCGCAUAUAGAUUAUGGUGGUAUAUGUCAGUAAAUUAGUAUUGUUCACCGCACAGCAGGUUACUUGUAAUAUCCAGGUGGAUGAUUUUUGUUGUUUAAAAUUGUAGCAGUCUUUUUAACACUUACACUCUUGACAUACUAAGGUAGUGGUGAUUAUGUGGAUUUCAGUUUCAUGAUUUUUUAAAUACGUGAAGUAGAAAUUACUUAGCCUCAGAUGAGUGACUUACUGUUUUUUCUUUUACCGUAAUCUUCUUUCGAAAUGUAAAGGCAUUAUCAUGACUGUCUCAAUAAGUUCCUGUAUUUUACAUUACAGGUGGUCAGAAUUUGUAAUCAUUGUCUAGUCAUUGUGGUUGUAUUUAAAACUGAUAUUUCCCUGUUAUCAUUUUACAUGUCAAAGUGUUUAUUAACUACCUUCCUGUUCUCUUAAACUGAAAAUAUGUGCGGCAAACUCAUAUCAUUUAACCGUGUUGGUAGAACAUUAGCCAUUUCUUAAGAUAGGAGAAUGCCACCCAGUGGUUGCCAUUCAAG